GGAAGGCCAUGGCGGUUCUUAUCAUACCAUUAACAUUGUAUCUCCUCAUUUUCCUGUAUAACAACCAAAUAUGGUAUGGAAAAGAAACGAAAAGCAGAACACUUACACAAAUGAAGAUGACUUGUGAAGUCCAAGGACUGGGCACAUCUAAACAAGGCUACCUGCAAGGUUCUCUUGGAAAUACUGUUGUCGAUGAAGCCAGAGCAUCUUCUAUGGCUUUGCUUCAAGGUGCCAGAGAUGGCAGAGAAAGGGAAGAAGCAAAACGAAGAUUUGGGGGAUUCCAGUGGGUCAAUGACAACGUCACUUUUGUUUAUGCCGGAUACAAUGACAACAAAGAUGGACUGCCUGUUGUCCGAGUCAUCGCAAUGAUUCGAAAAGACAUCAAGCAUAAGUUCACGUGCAUGCUUGAAUACCACAAUGGGAAAACUGUUAGAACAAUUGGUGUCCAACAAUGCAACAGCUAUCCAAGAAAUACAAAGAAGAGAAUAUACUGUAACGGCUAUGUGAUCUGUCCUCGCCCAUUAAGAGCUGGUGAACCCUCUUUUCUCUCCGUGCACAAAUACGGGGAUAUCUCUUCAAGGAACAACAUCACCGUGUGGUAUCCCAGGAAGAAACAAAACAACAUAACAAGAUGUUGCAAACCCUUUGGGAACAAUUACAGUAAUCUGACACAAUUAAUCUGGAAUAUUGAGCUUAGCCGUAUAUUUGGAAUUGACAAAUUCAUCUUCUAUCUUUGCUCUCAGUCAAACGAUGCUGUGCGAAUCCUACAAGAGUAUGAAGCUGAAGGUAUAGUUGAACUGAGAAACUUUACUUUGCCUGCAAGUCCGAUCCAGAAUUACACACAGGGAUAUGUUCAUUGGUCUCAAAUAAGCACCCUUCAUGACUGUCGUCUGUCCCAAAUAGGAACGGCCAAAUAUGUAAUUUACCAUGAUUUUGAUGAAAUCGUUGUUCCAAGGAAGCAUAAGAGUCUUGUUGAUCUGGCAGAUGAGCUAAUGAACAAAUCAACUGAUGGCCAGGAAGCAACUGGAGCUCUUCUCUUCCGAAACGUGUACUAUCCUCUAUUCGCAAAUAGGACAACAGUCGACUUUCCUCUGAAACAACACGCACUUCGAUAUGAUAUCCAUCCGCUAUUAUAUGUGACGAGAAAAAAAGCAAGUCGUGUAACAAGGUCACCAAAAUCGAUGAUUAUUCCUGAUGCGGUGGAAGAAAUGAGCGUCCAUUACGUCCGACAGUUUAGGCCAGGUUAUCAAACCCAGGUAGUGAAACAGUCCUUGGCUAAUUUGCAUCAUUACCGCAACCCGAAACAGGAACACACAACUGAUUCUGUUUCCCAGGACCUCUUCCUACACCAGUAUGCUCAUGUCCUUGCAGGGGCUGUGUUGAACAGAUGUCGAAACAAAGCAUGCUAAACACAAAAUAGCCAUCGUAUCAUAUCAUGACUUAUUUCAUCCAUGCGCCAAAUAUGGACAUACUAGUAUCCACCCUAUUUCAAUGAGCAUAUGAUCCCAACGUCAUUCAAUAAAUACGUUUACUUAUGUUCAAAUAUAGCAAGCAACAAAAUAUGCUGUAAUACUCACCACCUCGAUAAAUAUGCAUCACACUUCGCACUGCACUUGUCCUAUAAACAAAUACGCCAUUAACUGAUUGUUAAGGUAUUGCUUGAAUAAGUUUGAAGUGGGACUUGUUUUCACCGAGUUCAAAUUUUGUAUUUUUUUAUAUUUCAUGAUGAAUUAAAAAUAUAUUUAAUUACUCUGCACUGCAACUCCCCCAUGAAUAUGAAGGUGAUCUAACAAUUUGAAAACAGUCCAUUCAAAUGUGUUAAUGUUAUGGCUAUUUCCUUAGGUUUUUUAGUUAAAGUUGAAAAUAUGUAUACAUUCCAAUUUAAUAAAUUAGAGAAUCGCACCUCAAACAAGUUGUUUUCCAUAUUUGAAAACGAUUCGACCAGUACUUAUAAACCUACUUGGUGAACACACUUUUCUAAGUCCAAUUUUUCAAAAUGUACAAAUUCUUUAAAACCAAGUAUCACCUCACUUUCUUUCGACAAAGAAUGCAGUCUCAAAAUUUGAAAACAAUCUGUUUGACUGGCAUUUUAAAAGUUAAUGAAUAACAAGAAAGGCAUGGUACUUUAUGGAUAACAAUUUAUUUAUAAUAUUAAACACACCAGACGUCCACAAGAUGGUUUAACAAGAUCCUCCAAGACCCCACCACCAACCGCAAGAAAGAUCCCACUGCAAAACUCAACCGCCAACACAAAGCCAGUCUCAAACAACUUUAGGAUGAACAUGAAAUCAGCCCGGAACUAUGUUUCAAUCUUCCUCUGUGUCUGUUAUCUGUUGCUUGUGCAAAUUUAGAUAGGGGGUUUUAUAAGUUGUACGAACUUGUCUCAGAUACUAAUCACUUUCUGAAUAAAACAUGUUUAAAC